AUGCUACCGUGGUUGGUGCUCGUGGCCGGCGCGCUGGUCAUCCAGCGAGCCGCGGCCCAGAGGACGGUGGGCCCCAAGUUGGUGGACCUCUCGUACGUGUUCGACAAGAACACCAUCUAUCCGUCUCCCACGGCGAACUUCUCGCUGGACGUCCACUACCGCAAGACGAAGCACGGUGUCAGGUUCCAGUACGAAAACUUCUGCGCCUCGACGAGAGGAGGCACACACAUACUCACCCCUCGCCACCUGAUGAAAGGCCGGUGGUCCGUGACAGACAUCCCGCUCAACCGGCUCGUCGCCCCUGGAGCAGUCAUCGACAUCGCCAUCCACGUCCUCCGGAACCGAGACUACCGCCUCCACAUUUCCGACGUCUUGCGCUGGGAGGACAUCCACGGCAAGCUACCGCAGGGCUGCAUCCUGCUGGUGAGGACGGGCUGGUCCCGCUACUGGCCCUCCUGGUACAAGUACCACGGCCAGAUGAACGGCACGUCCCACUACGACACGCGGCCUCACCACCCGGGGCUGCAUCCGGACGCAGCCACGUGGCUCGUGUCCAAAAGAAAAGUGUACGGUGUCGGGAUCGACGCUCCGUCCCUCGACUACGGUCCUUCCAAAGACUCCGGUGCGCAGCACAUCCUUCUUGCGGCGAACAUCUACAGUCUCUUGAACGUGGCGAACCUACAGGAACUUCCGUCGGUCGGAUCAACUAUGUUUGUGUUCCCCAUGAAGAUUCGCAGUGCCGGAGCGGCGCCGGUACGCAUUCUUUCUGUGGUACCCUGAGCGAACGUAGAGAGUAGGUCCUCUAUGAUCACCGUACCACGAGUGGACACUUCGUGGGCCUGAAAAGUCACUGAAGCGUGGUUUAUGGUAUGUUGUAGCCAACCCUAAGCGCACUGUUAUCCCUCCGCAUGUAAGUGAUAGAGUAGAUCCUCCGGCGCUCACACAGGGGAAGCUCUAAGUAUGAGCUCUCGGGAUGGUUAUAUGAAUGUGGGUCCCGCCUGGGCUCCCCAGUGCUCUUGGA